AUGGCAGGCAGGCUCGUAGGCCCCUCCUUUCUGGUCGAGAAGGGCACUAUUCCCUGGAAGAAGUUUCUGCUCCUAACUGAAGUUCUUGCUCCAGUAUAUAUAUAGAGGUCACUGGUAGGAAGUGACUUGGUGUUAAUAUCUCACGAAGUGUAAUUCGUUGUUUUAGGAAGAAAAUUACGAAGAUCCGAACCAGAUUUCAGGUUAUUAUUACUCUAUACGCUGUUGCCAGGUUGAGCAUUUUUGAAUGAAACUCAUUAAAGUAAUUUGUUUCAAUGUACUGUAAAUGCUCUAUUAUGCCCACCUCUCUAUUAGGCCCACCUCUCGGAUACCUCCACCUCUCCAUUAGACCCCCUCUCGAAUACCUCCACCUCUCCAUUAGGCCCCCUCUCGGAUACCUCCACCUCUCCAUUAGGCCCCCUCUCGGAUACCUCCACCUCUCUAUUAGGCCCCCUCUUGGAUACCUCCAUCUCUCUAUUAGGCCCACCUCUCAACUAACCCCCACCUCUCCAUUUAACCCCUCUAAAGUAAACCCUGCCCUCUCUACAAUAAACACCCUGCUCAAACAUGCCUGAAAUGCUGAAAUAAACAAGCCACCGGGAUGGGGCUAGACAGAGGAUUUUCAAUAUAAUUUUGAUUUAUUUCAGGUGAUCAAGCUGAUUCAGACGAGGUACUUACUAUAAGGAUAAUUUAAUUUUGCCACAGAUAUCAGUAGUAUACAAGUUGUUUCAUAAUGAUAAUAUAGUUACUUUUAAAUAGUCAAUAUGUACAUCACCACAAAGUAGAUUAGUGGCAAGGAGGCAUCCGGAAACCAUAGGGCUUGUAAAUAGGAUGUCUCCUUGGAGCAGUAGUACACACGUAAAAAUCUCACAUCUUGUAACAAGUCUGCCAACAAGUCGUCAACAAGUUGUGUUCGCACUGCUUCUCCCAAGUUGUCAACAAGUUUGGAACAAGCUGUUAACAACUUGUAACAAAAGCUUGUUGAUAUUAUCAUACUUGUUGCGAGGUUGUUCCAACAGGUCCGAUACAGUCAUGAUAUAACAAUAUUGUUACAACCGUGUAACAGUCUUGUUAUAUCAUGACUGUAUCAAACUUGUUCGAAUAACCUUGUAACAAGUCUGAUAAUGCCAUCAAGUUUGUUACAAGUUGUUAACAGCUUGUUCCAAACUUGUUACAAAAACUGGGAACAAGCAGUGCGAACACAACUUGUCGACAGCUUGUGAACAGAUUUGUAACAACUUGUUUGCAGACCUGUAACAACUUGUGCGUUUUUACGUGUGUAGUACUGUAUAUUGUUAUAACUUGUUAUAAAUAAAGUGCGGAGGUAAAGGGUCUAGCCAGUUGUGAGGUUGAUCCUUGCCUAGUUUCAAGAUUUUCUCAGACUUAUUUUCUUAUUUAGUUUGAACAAGAAGAUUAUGAGAUCCCAGAUACAUCAGAACUACCAAAGAAAGGUCAGUCUUCAAUUUCUUCUCGUACACACGCAAAAAUCUUACAUCUUGUAGCAAGUCUGCGAACAAGUCGUCAACAAGUUGUGUUCGCGCUGCUUGUCCCAAGUUUUCAACAAAUUUGGAACAAGUUGUUAACAACUUGUAACAACCUUGUUGCUAUUAUCAGACUAGCUUAUUGCAAGAUUGUUCCAACAAGUCCGAUAUAGUCAUCAUAUAACAAUAUUGUUGCAACUUUGUGUGGUCAACCUUGUAACAUUCUAACUUGUUAUAUCAUGACUGUUUCAGACUUGUUAGAACAACCUUGUAACAAGUCUGAUAAUGCCAUCAAGCUGUUACAAGUUGUUAACAGCUUGUUCCAAACUUACAUGUAUUACAACAACUAGGAACAAGCCGUGCGAACACAACUUGUCGAUAGCUUGUGAACAGAUUUGUAAGAACUUGUUUGCAGACCUAUAACAACCUGUGCGUUCUUACAUGUUUACAAGUCUUACAAAGGAAAAAUAACAAAUUGUCUUUCUGACUGUCUUGUCGUGUGAAGCAAUGUGUAUGAGAUUUCAUUACGAGAUAAAUCCUGAAGUACAAGAUUAAUCCAAGAUUGCAUACAAGAUAAAUCCGGAAGUAAUCAUAGUGGUUACAGUCUUACAAGAUUAGAAGCAAAUUUCCUACUGAAGGCUAUAUAUGAAUAUUAUUGACAAUUAAAACUUGUUCCGCUGUAAUUUACGUAUCGAGUUAGUAGAUGAAUUAGGUAUUCAAUCGUUUCAAUGAUCAGAUAUUUAGUAAUUCAGAUAUUCAAUCAGUCUAAUCUUCAGGGGCCGGUUGUUCAAAGGUGCGUCAGCGCUAACCCAUGGUUUAUUUAAAUUUAACCCACUGUUUUAAGCCCCGUUUACACUACGCUCAAUUUUUGGUACGGCACGGAUAAAAUUGGUACCCGUACCACUUUUUUGGUUCUUGGACUACCUAUUUAGCUAAGCCCCGUUUACACUACGCUCAAUUUUUGGUACCGUACCACUUUUUGGUUCUUGGACUACCUAAAUAGGUAGUCCAAGAACCAAAAAAGUGGUACGGGUACCAAUUUUAUCCGUGCCGUACCAAAAAUUGAGCGUAGUGUAAACGGGGCUUUAGUUUGUGUAUUUCUGCACGUCUGUUUAUUUCAAAACUUCAGAGAAGUAAUCUCCUACUGAUCCAGACAAGAUUUCUGAAGAAAUAUUUCCAAAUUUAUAGACAAGCUGUCAGGAAGUUUGCUUUAAAUUUUAGGUUAACCUAGCGUUAAGCUAACCCAGCUUUGAACAACUGGCCCCAGAAUAAUCUAUCAAACAUAAAAAUUGUCUCUGAUUGCUAUCCUAACGUCUGAUCGUAACUAAUGAUGGGCGAUACUGAUACAAAAUAUCGAUACCGACGAUACUUUCAAAAGUAUCGAUAAUUCGAUACACUUGAGCCUGCGGUGUUUUUGAUCAGUAUCUGUGAACAAUAGAUUAAUACUUCAUGCAUGAUACAGAGUUUUGUGAACUCGUGUUGUCGCUUUUUUCAAGUUUGAAAGCUUUUCUCUUUCUUAAAAAAUGAGAUUAAAGAUUGAAAAGGUUAUAUGCAGUUGUCCUGAUGGACCACCACUUAACAUGUUAUACUUGGUUAUACGUUAUGUAAAAAAUGAUCAGUGUAAAAGUAUCGGUAUCGAUUUUGGUAUCGGUAUCGACCAAAAUUCUUGGUAUCGGCCUGAUAUCGUAUCGAACACAAAUAGGCUGGUAUCGCCCAUCCCUAAUUUAUUCGUAACCCUUACCCUAACACUAAAGUCGCUAAACCUAGCUUUAAUCCUAACUUCACCCUUGUUAAAUCAUUACGAGACAGUUAUAUAAAAAGUCACUCUAUCUUACAGCACCACAGGAAACGCCCAAGAAAUCCCAUUUUAAUCCCAAAAACAUAUUCAAUCGCAGUCCAUCAAAAAAAGGCCUUCCUAGCGUUCCAUCAAAAGGGGAUAAAAAGAAGACAACUAAAAAGGAAGUUCCACCUGCACCUCUAGCAACACCCGCCCCACCCGUACCUGAGAAUAAACUCUCCCCGUCCAGACAGCUUCCUAACCCUGGAGGGAAGGGCAUUAUUGGUAAAUUGCGGGGGGAGAAAGCUGAUAAGCGACAUUCAAUGGGAUCAUUGCCCAGUUUACCAACGGAUAAAGUGGAUUCAAAAACGAAAAAGUAUGUUUUUUUAUGUUUUUGUUAUCGUUUUGUUUGAAGAUUCACAGUUAGACCUGGUUUCCAUUUAACACGGUUGUGAAAAUAUGAUGGUGGACGAUCUAAUCAAGUAGAAAGUUGGAAAAUGUUGACAAUUUUAGUAGCAAGCAAAUCAAACUAAAUAUCUUAAUUCUUUUUAUUCACUCCCAUCAUAUACAAGACGGUUAUAUACAUGAUGUUAUAUAUUACGUUUAUCCCUUUACUUUUUUCAUACCAAUAAAGAUCAGGCUUUUAGUUGUCGAAUGCUACCUUUCUUGUAUCAGUGCGAUCAAAAAUAGCCAAAUACGAUCCAAUUUAAAAGUUCCAGUCGAAAUCGCAUUUUUCUAUACCGUUGGGAAUGGACCUAUUCCCUAAUGGGCAAAAUUUUGAUCUAGACAAGUCUAGAUAAAAAUUUCAUCACAGCUUGAAAGAGCAUCACAAAAUUAGUAAUAUUCCGACGUUUCGUUGCGAAAUGUUGUAAAAUGCGGAUAAUAUAGCCUUGCGAAAUUUGCAAAUUUUCAGUCAUUUUGUAUUACGCACGUGAAAUUGAUACCGCUUUCUGAAAAAAGGUAUCAAUUUCCCGCGCGUAAUACAAAAUCGCAGGGCUAUAUUAUCCGCACUUUACAACAUUUCGCAACGAAACUUAUAAUAAUACGGAGUAUUACUAAUUUUGUGAUGCUCUUUCAAGCUGUGAUGAAAUUUUUGUCUAGACUUGUCUAGAUCAAACUUUUGUUCAUUAGGUAAUAGGUCCAUUGCAUGUAAAGCUAUUGUCUUACGCCCGUAUUCUAAAAGCUCACUCACACUCAAUGAGUGGAAGUUCGAUCUGAGCUUCUCUCGAGUGUCAUUUCUGUUUUUGAAUAUGACUACUCACCCUCCACCUAUUCGAAAACAACAUUGACACUCAAGAGAAACUCAGAUUGAACCUCCACUCAUUGAGUGUGAGUGAGCUUUUAGAAUGCAGGCGUAAGUAUUGAAAUUAUUCUCAUUUGGGAUUCAAAUUGAAGUCCCUUGGGUAAAUAUGGCGCAACGCGCCAACACAUGUGUAAGCAUCAAGUUUUUAUAUACUUUUACUCGCCAUUUUACAUCGAAAUUGAGUGGCUAAAACAUUUUGCAACAUUGGAAGCUUGUAGACUGGACUCACAAUGAAACACGUUUCCAAAAUGCCGGACAACAAACAUUUGGGAAAAUGUUCGAAUCGUUUCAUAAAGGUGUCAUUUCACAGCCAAAAAUCCUGAUCUUUAUACGGCCAAUUCAAAAAAGGACCUUGAACCUAUAAACUCUAAGCGCGUAAAGCUUAAUAGGAGCACAAGUUUCAAGCUUAGUAGCAGAAUAUUGCAGCUAUUUGUGAAUGAAUUGUUCUCGUAAGGUGAUAUUUACCAUGUCUUUAAGAAAUGGGCCCCAUAUAUAAAUGAUUUCUAAACUGAUUAUAAAUGAUGCUCACAUUAUGCUGUGCGCGCUUAGAGUUUUUAGAGUUUAAGGUUUUUCAAAGGACAGCCUUUUUUGAAUUAGCUGUAUAUACGAAAAAGAGAAUGUAUUGACGUAUUAAUUAACGGACGAUAACCUAUACUUAUUAUUAGCACGACAAAAUUACUGGAUGCUGAUUGGUUGAGAGGAGUACAAUUAUUUCAUUAAUUGUACUGCAGUACAAUUAAUGAUUUUCCCACAACAAACAAAAUGGCGGAAAGUAUUUUAAACACAAGCGUGAAAUGAAAUUGCCCUAGAGGAACUAGAUGAAAAUACGAACAAAAGCACCAAACUUUGCUUUAACAAAAGAACUAAAUGAAAAUACGGACAAAAGCACCAAAUUUUGGUUGAAAAUCUGGCACGACUGGACUUUGGCGAGAGAAUUAUGAUGUUAGAAGUAUCCGAUUUUGUCAUGCUAUAAUAAUAAACAAGUAAUCAUGCGAUGUUGCUCGUACAAUUCUGGAUUAUAAUAGUACUCGUGAUGUUUGGAAAUUUGCCAAAUUGGACUCGCCCCGGCGGCUCGUCCAAUUUUGGCAAAAUUUCCAAACAUCACUCGUACUAAUAAUCCCUAAUUGUACUCGCCAUCGCAUGAUUACCUAUACAAAGUUGGCUACCUUUUUUUAUACACCCUGUAUUAAUAAAAAAAAUUAACAUUAUUUAUUUCCUCAAUCUGAAAACUGCCUAUAUUGACUAUCACCUGCUGGCUGCUGCACCCACCCAUUGGACUAAAUAUAUAUUUUAAAACAUUCUCUUUUAAACAGUCAAGGAAGUGAGUCGCCAAAGCUGCCUCCUAAACCUCUGCCUGUAAAACCUCUGCCUGAAAAACCUGCUCCAAAAGAGGUUAGUUUAUCACUGAAUGUUGUGGCAGCUGCGUUGAACAGCUUUCACGAUGUUGAUUGAUGGAUGCAAGUCAAACUGAAAAGUAGUAAAGUACGAACAAACUUGCACGUUUUGAGUGAAUACCCUUCGUAUGGAAGUUAGAUUAAGAUGGGCACGAAACGUGGACAGGGGCCGCGGAACCGGGGGGCAAUGGGGGCAUAUGCCCCCCCCCCCAACUUUUUUAAAAGUGAAAAAAGUUCCGUUUUUCUGGGCUAAAGUGGCCCAUUUAAAGAACGAAAAAAGUAUUUCUUGAUUGAACGCCCUCUUUUGCUGGAAAGUGCCCUUUUCGCAGUAUUAAAGACUCUGUAAAGGCCAUAUCCGACGUUAUUGAGACUCCAUAUUUUCAAAAAUUUUCGUUCGGCUCAUGAACGACAUAAAAUCGGUUAAUUUUGGUUAUACAGCUUUUUUAUAAAUUAGCUUUUUUAUAAAUUUGGUUAUACAGCUUUUUUAUUAAUUAUACAGCUAGAAAAUUAAUAAUCUUUUUAGCGAUUCCCAGCAGCCUUUCACGCUUGUAUUCCACUUUUACCGAAGACAACCUUAAUUGAAAUAGCUGUAUACAAAAGUGCCCCUUCUGGCCAAUGCCCCUCCACUUUCGAAGUGCUUCCGCGGCCUCUGAACGUGGAAGUAUUUUCUGUAUUUUUGGGUACAUGCAUUCGUCAACUAGUAGCGUGAACGCAGUCUAAAGGGUACGGGCAACAACAUUUUUUGAUUUCCUUUAUUUAGAGACCUGUUGCAAAUCAACAACAGAAGCCAGGUUUGAACAUCGUAAUUCAUUCGUUUGUUGAAGGAAGGGAUAUUAGGGAGUUUGGCAACCUAGAACAACGGGGAAAAUAUAAUUCUCAAAUUCAUUAAUAAUUCAUGAGUAAUUCAGCCAAUGAUAUAUAAUCACCUAUUUGAUCACAAGAUGCCAUUUGGAUACUUGAUGAAAGUCACUAGUGUUUUCAUCAAAUAUCUUAAUUACGCAUGCAAAAUUACUUGAAUAGAAUUCCUUAUUACGUUAUGCUUGGUUAAGAAUUCUAUUCAAAUCAGCAAACGAAAACAUUCUGUUACGUCUCGAUUCAGGUCUCGAUUCAUUUGAGAAGCCAUAUAAACAACUCGAGCUCGUGUCUCACCGGGAUAUCCAAACACUCGAAAACAAUGUAUGAAAACACUCGCGCUUCGCGCUCGUGUUCUCAUACAUUGUUUUCUCGUGUUUGGAUAUCCUGGUGAAACACGCGCUCUCGUUGUUCAUAUAUUACUUAUAUAAUAACUACAGUGAAACACGCAAUUUGAUUGGUCAAUAGCCGUGCAGGAUCAGGCUAUCCUGCACGAGGAAUUAAAAUGCCUUCGCGGGAUUUUCGCGGGAUUCUCAAAAUGUCAUUGUUUCACUGUAGUUAUUUUAUAAAACAAUUACCAAAUGGUUUUCCAAGCAGGAUAGCGUGAUCCAUGCACUUGGGAUGUUGCUCGACUUUCGGAAAGCAUAAAAAUACACUCGCCUGCGGCUCGAGUAUUUUUACGCUUUCCGAAAGUCUCGCGACAUCCCUCGUGCAUGGAUCACGCAAUCCUGCACGGAAAACCAUUCGGUAUUCCUUUAUUGCUUAUAUUGUUGUAUUUGAGCCAAAUUAUACGUUACUACACUUAAUUUGCCUCUUUAAGUAUUCCUGUUUGUCUCAAACAGGCCUUAAGUAAAAAUAGUCCGCGAAUUCAAAAUAGUCCGCGAAUUCAAAUAAUACACCAUCAAAUAAUACACCUCAAAUAACACCGUGAAAAUGAUGCAAAUCACGUGCUAGUUUCAACAGCUACGGCAUUGCACAACGCUUAAGACCAUGUAAUUUACAUUCGCUUUUGUCUUUGAGGAUCAAUGCUAUUGUUGAUGACCACGUUGCCGUUGUACUUGCCAAACUCCCUAUUUGCAAAUAGUCCAAACACGGGACAGAAGGCGGGGUGUGAUUUUGAUGUAUUGAAAUAAGUCAUCCAGGAAAUCAAAUGGCGUUUAAACAAACUGAGAUGUUUGAAAUGUCAAGGCUUCAUUUAAAUCAGCCUUUUGACUCAUGUAGAUGAGCCUGAAUAAAUAUACUGUUUUUCAUUUCAAUAUUUUUAUGCAUCAGAAUCAUUCUGCUUCACAUCUCAUCCCGGGGGAAAAUGGGAUCCGAUAAACGCAGCGAUAAUUCAAUAUGAUAUAAAAUUUGAAUAUUAUUUAUUUAGAACCACCAAGCAAACAGCCUCAAAAGGUAAGCUAAAGCUAAGCUUCCAUAUUGGUAUUUGUCGGGACGAUUUUAGAUCUAUUAUGAUGAAGCAAAUGAGAUAAAUUGUUAGCACAGUUUUCCAGGGCUAUAACCAAUAAUAUAUGAACAUCAUGGAAACACAGGUCUCCAUAUAUAGUCUCUUGAAACUUUGCAGUAUCCUUGGGAUCUCUGAGUUUUGUUACUGUAAAUUAGCGUUAGACAUGCCCCCAGCCCCAGGUAACCAUACUCCCACAAGUUCUAUGCUAUAAUGAAAGAAAGAUAUUCUGUAUGGUAUUUACUCUUUGACUAGAGGAUCCUCACAUAGCACAUGCGCAGAACAGAUUUGACCUCAUCUUUAAGUUAGAACGUAGUUGGAACGAGUUGGAACACUCAUCAAACUUUUAUUUUGUUGAUCUAGAACUUGAUAUGUUCCCAGUAACAAUUUUUGACUGCCUGCAUCUUUCAUCAACUUCCAUCCUCGUUUGACCAUGGCAUACCCAUAUCUAUGGGCGUACCUCGCACAUACAUGUACUCAUAGUUGAUAGAAUAGAUGGUUUCGAAACUCAUUAGAAUAACAAUAUAACUCAUUAUCUAUGUUAGUCAACGUUUAUUCAUAAGUAUGGUCCUUCACCGUCACGUGUGUAUUGUAUUUUUGCCAAAUCCACCAAUAGCAAUUUCCAAUUUACCUUAUUGUUCGAGUCGCGGAUAGGUAACUUUCCUAAAACAUUGCUAUUGGUUAGUUGGGUAAAAAUACAAUACACACGUGACGGCGAAGGACUAGAUUUAUGAAUAAACGUUGACUAACAUAGAUAAUAUUAUAUUGUUAUUCUGAUGAGUUUCCAAACCAUCUAUUCUAUACUAACUAUGAUGUACUAUAGUGACAUAUCACCCCAUGACACCAUAAUUAUUCAGAACAUACAAUGUAUUACACGAGGUAUUGUAUUUAUUUAGUCAAAAACCCAACUGCUUCAACAUCAACCAUGGUUCCAUGGCUCGACUUCAAAAACUGUUGUCGCUGAUAUAUUGAAAAGUACGAAAAAGGUAAAGUCACUUACAACGGUUGUAUAUAUGCAGGGUGUAUAAAAAAGGUAAUUCAACAUUGGCAUGUUUUCGUGCAUUACAUAUUACGGUUAUCCAUCAACUUUUUUCAUACCAAUAAAGAUCAUGCUUUUAGCUGUCGAAUGCUACAUUUCUUGUAUCAUUGCGAUCAAAGAUAGCCUAAUGUGAUCCGGUUUAAAAAUGCAAAAAAAAAUCACAUUCGAAAUCACAUUUUUCCACCGUUGAGAAUUGCAUGUAAACUCCUAUUGUCUGAGUAUUGAAAUUACCUCAUUUGGGAUUCAAAUUUAAGUCACUUGAAUGAAGAUGGCGCAACGCGUGGUAAGCAUCAAGUUUUGGUAAAUUUCCACUCGCAAUUUUGCACCGAAAUCGAGUGGUUAGAACAUUUUACAAAACUGGACGUUUGUAGACUGAACUCGCAAUGCCAUACGUUUCCCAACAAGCAUUUGGGCAAAUGUUCGAACAUUUGAAGAACAUUUAAAUCAUAAAUGUGAAAAAAUACGAUUUCAACCAAUGAUUCGAUAAGGAUAUCAUUUGACAGCUAAAAGCCUGAUCUUUAUACGGGAACAGAAGACGUAUCCUUGAGAUAGACGGUUGAAGUGGAGAACAGAUGUAUCUACGUGUUUGAAAGCUUUUGUUUAAAAUUUCCAUAACAUCUGCCUUAUUCCGAACAGACAAAAAGUCUUUUUUACGCUGUAACUCAACGUUAGAUACAAGAAAGCCUACUUUUAGCAUAGCAAAUAAUAUUUUAUUAUUUUAUUUUAUUUUAUUUUACAAGAUUCGCCAAACAUAACAGACAUAAAUAAGACUAAUACUUUACAAAGUUUACAUACAAUUCGGGCAGGGACUAGCCACAGAGAUAAUCUCCAAUUAUGGGGUCCCUUACAAUAUGUUACAAUAUAUAUACAUUAAAACAAAUUAUGGUUUAUGCUAAAAUGUCAACAACAUAUCCUCACUAAUAAGCUAUCAAGAGACCGAGUUGAGUGGCAUUUGACGCACACUGCAUGACUUAAGUGUUCUAUAGGAUUGUCUGGGUUGUUCUAAAAGGUUUAAGUAGUAAUUGAAUAAAGUAAGCUAAUGAUCUUGAAGUGUCACGAAUAUUGCUAUUGGGAGAAUGUUCCAUACGCUAGUCGCUCUCACAUGGAAAUUGUUCUUGUAGCUAACUGUCCUGCAUCGAGAUACAUUAAGAAGAAUACCAUUGACAGGGUCAGCGUUUCUAGUCGUCCGUGUGGUUGUUCGUAUUGACACAUUGACAUCGUUGCUUAGAAUACUCUUUAUAUAUAUAGCUACAUGGUUCCCUAAGGUAUUAGGUAUAUAACAUACCUAUCACACUGCAAUACUUCACAGUAUGGUCCGCCUCACAUACCUGUGAAGACCUAAGAAACACCCACAAAGGGUACACAACACAAAAUACAUGGCUAUAACGUGUCGUUAAGUGUUUGUUGUGAAUGAUUGUUAUGCUUGUUUCCAUAUAGUUGUAACUAAGUUAAUUUCGUACCCAGGGAUCGUACAGUUUCUAUUUCCAUUAAAAAGUAACCGUUUAGUCACGAUAGAACUCGAGCCUAUCUCGACGACACUCAACUGUCGUGAACUGUUGCCUGGGCGUGUCACGACAAGACGUUUCUUCACGUUUCCAUUUCGUCGCGAACAUGUUUACAACAGUUACGACGAUAUGGAAACCAGGCUUGAUAAGAAAGUUGCACAACGCAACAUUGACAUGUGCACAUUCGCCAGAAUCUACUGCACGAUUGUGCUUACGUGUAAAACCCAGUUAUACCGACAUCUUUUUCUCUAGGAUGGCGCUUACCUUGUGAGAAAUAGCUCCAGAGAUCCGGGACAAAGUACCAUGUCAAUUUUGUACAAAGGUGAAAUCAGACAUUUAAAGUAAGUACUGUUUAAGAAAUGGCGUGCUCACUCCUGUUCGUCAGGGGAGGCCAGCUGAAAAUUUGUGUCGAUGGGGGGAAUAUUUUCCAAACAUCCUAUAAGACAAUUUAAUGCGCACCACUCUUUCCUUCACUCAUUUGGUCGAUUUUUAAGUGGAAUUGACAAUUUUGGUUUCAUUUCAUGCACUUUCGGCGCCCCUUAAUAGCUUUUGGACACCUUAGAAUCCCCCGGGAGGUGACCCCCUAGUCCCCCCGCCAACACGCCACUGUGUUGAAGAAGUGUUGUAUCAAUGUUUUUCCUCUAUACCAAGUGUGAUCCACAACAUCAAACUUUGUAAUGAUUCAAGUUUAAAUUUGAUCUUCACAAUGUUGUAUUCGAGUAUUACCGUUGUAAGAUAAAAGUUUAAUUUAGCUCCUUCGACUCUUAAAGUACUCAUGUCAGAAACUAGGUUUUCUUGUUUUUAUAAUCCAUUCACUCUGUCUGUAGUUAACUAGAAAAUGGAAUUGAAUUUGAGCAUUUCGCUACUACGGAAAUAAUUGAAAACCGGAAGGAACUCAUUCCGAAAAUGUCUUCCUAAUGACAUUGUGACACAAACUCGGGCAACACACGUAUUUCUUAUCUUUUUAUUUUGUUCUUUGCAGCAUGCCUUGUGAUACAAACGGACACUAUCGUUUGGGCGACAGUGGUGUAGAGGUGCGGUAUUAUUUUCAAUAUAAACAUUCAGUGGCAUGUAUCCGCCUCGUGAAUCGUGACGUCACGAAGUUGAUUAACCUGCAAAUCAACGGCCACCUGCCGAGUAAAGGCCCUAGGUCUAGGCUGAAGUGACCCAACUACAAUUUUUACAUAACCCUUUGCAUGUCACAAAUAUGUCAAAACAAUAGAGAGGUUCAGAUUUGACAACUACCUCUGAAUGGUCAAUCGGCUAAAUUAAAUACAUCUGAUUGGUUAAUGGUAACAGUAGUGGAAGUGGAGAUAAAAUCUAAACCUCUCUAAAGGCAGAUUUCCAGUCCUCGCACGAAGGUCCUCGCAGCUCGCUGCGAGUGCAUGCAUGAGCACUUACAUCCAAUCACAAUGCUAAACAGGUAUUUGUUGUGUUGGUGUAGUGUACUCAGGUGAAUAAGAUGCUUGUGAUGUUACUCUGAGUGUGUAUCCACACCGGGCAAUUGAAAAAUAUUCCCAUCGUGGCCAGGCAUAUUUUUUUCAAGCCUGCCCGGUGUGGAUACACACUCAGAGUAACAUCACAAGCAAGCUAAACAGGUAAUUUUAAUUAGAUGCAAGCACUCGCAGCGAGCUGCGAGGAGCUUCGUGCGAGGACUGGAAGUCCGCCUUUACGGGGUGACUUGAUGGUAUGGACAAUAGUGCGAUAUUCACAACAAUGAGAAGUCAAAUGCUUCAUUGUUAUGCUAUACAGGGUGUCCCAAAAAAAACGAAAACUAUUGAAAUCACUUAUUGUUAAAUUUGAAUGCCCUACCAAGUACCAAACAGCUGGACGUAAUGAUGCGUAAAAUAUUCACAAGGUGCAUCUAUUAGAAUUUAGUUAGGAAUAUCUCCUGGUAAAGUGCGCGAUUUUCUGCUCCUGGGAAUUAAAAACAGCUUUCUAACAAUUAAAUUGUUAUUGGUGAUUUCAAUAGUUUUCGGGUUUUUUGGGACACCUGUAUUGAAAUAACGUAUUGUUAGAAUUUGAAUGUCUCAGCACUCUGCUGAACUCACAAGUGCAUAAAAGCUUGACAUAAGUAAAUUUUAUGCAUAAAGAAACUGUUUAAGAAGCUUCUUUAAAUCCCCAAGAGCAGAAAAUCGUGCGCUUUACAAAGAUAUUUUAAUUUUUAAUAAGUCAAUAUUUAUAAUAUAUGCACCCUGUCAAUAUUUUACACAUCUUUGCGUUCAGCUUAGUGCUAAGACAUUCAAAUUCUAACUAUACGUUAUUUCAAUAGUUUGGGGUUUGGGGGACACCCUGUAUAAGGUCCCAUUAACCCACUCCGAAUUUUAGGUUUUUAAUGAGAUUGUUCCCAUCCUUUGAUUGUAUCAAAAUUUCAUUUUCUAUAUAGAGAUUCAAAAAUAUUGAAGAAUUGGUGACGUAUUUUACCAAACACGAUGUGGAGUUUAGUGCUGGGGGUAAGACACACCUGACACACGCCUGUAGGAAAUCGUCGUAAAUACCGCCACAACAUGUUACACGAGGUAAUUUUUGAUGCAUGCGAUGCAAUUUCCGACCAAGAGCCAUGUUAGGUAAAAUUAUUCGUAGUCACAGGGUCUACCAUUUUUAGGUCUCAGAACUACCCAUUUUACAUUUAGAACUACCAAUUUUGGAAAAUGGGAGGCCUUAGGCUUAAGAUGACCCAUGCGUAGUCGUGGAGAAAAUUGUAAGACGUGUAGCUUAGUUUUACUCCUCUCACAUUUUCUCUAGGGACCGGUCAUUAUUUGUGUCGGGGGGCGUGGCACCGAAGAGAAAUGUUUUUCUUCGUAAAAAAUUUGCUGAUCCAACCAUUAAAAAGUCAAAAUCUUUUUUACCCAACCUCAAAUACCAAUGGAAAAACAAAUACCCCACCCCUGGACAAAAACUUUACAAAAGGAUACCAUUCAGUUGUCACACAUGUCCCUUACCACUUCUUCUGUGAUAUGAGUUUGAUAACUGCUUGUGCAACUUUCUGCAGUCUAAAGACGUAAAGUUUCAUGUUGUCUGCACAUGUACUUUCUUUGGAGACACCAUUUGCCUCCUGAGAAAUAGGAAAAUGAUCACGAUAGUGACUCUGAUUGAUUUACAUAUUGUAUUGACAUAUGACUGUUGACUGCUUUUUAGCGCCUUCAAUAUUUGAGUGAGUCAUGCUUUGGAAAUGAUCGACAGUUGAGUUGUUUUGUUUUUCAUUUACCCAACCUUUUACAAACUCAAAAUUUUGCUUACCCAACCUUUUUCUCUUCGGUGCUACUCCCCGCCAUAAAUAAUGACCGGAUCUUUAAUUAUCAUGCCCAAGAGGCAACAAAGAAAUGUUUAAUGAAUGAGAACGAAAAACAUUUGCAAACAUUAUCUGCGAGUCUACGUGACAUGGUGCAAAAAAUUGUCUCAUGUAACAUGGCCACUAGUACCUGAAUGGAAAACGUCUCGUGAAAACGGCAAGUUUGAACAUAAAAAAUGGACAAGGGAAAAAGAAAAAAUGGAGCCAAGGAAUAAUAAAAGAACGUACUAUGUACGGUCAAGCUUAGUAUUGCAAUACAUUAUUGCAUACAAUUACAGGCAAGUUAUAUAAACAAGGCAAUUUCUCCUGGAACGCAAUUUUCAACACAGAGCAAUGUUAUUUAAAAGUACUCGCAACUUUAAUGUUGGCCCGUUUCUAAAGACCAUAAAGGGGUGAACGUCAGUAUUUAAUAUGUUCAUUAUAAGAUUAGUAAAUUUAAGACAGGUUUUCAUAAAAAAAAUUAAUUGCUUUAGUUUGGUACAAGUGCCAUUGGAUGUAUAGCACAUAUAAAUAGGUAAUGGUCAGACGCUCAAAUCAUCUGCGAUGUAUUUUAUCUGAACACAACAUAAAAAGGCAAUGGUCCUUUAAGUACAGGCUUUCUGAAUGACAGGCUUUUGUGUAAAACACAUUUGAAUCUUUAUUUUUGUAGUAAUAUCAGCUUUAUAAUUUUAUACAAUGAACAUUUAUUUUUGCUUGCCAAAUUAUACAAUAUAUUGCUGUAAAUAACAUAAAAUAUAACAUCAUGACAGACAAAAUAUAAUAAAUAAUGAACAAUUUUUUAAAUUUUUACAUGUAAUGAAACUCAUUUUUGAACAUCUUCUGUAGCGAACUUUAUCUCUCUUUAUACAGGGUGUAUCAAAAAAAGCGCAAUCCUCGACUGAAAUGUAAAUUGCUAAACAAAUAAUAGACGAAAACGCUAAAGUUUACAUUCAUUUAAAGCGUAGCCAUUCAGCUUUCUAACAGUGGUUUGUUUCUUAAAUUUGACUUAUUGGUUCGCGGGUAAUAAUUCUUCACGUUAUUGCGAUUGGAGAUUAAAAAAAUUGAGAUGGAAUAACAAAUCGUUCUUAUGAAAAUAACUGUUUUUUCAUUAAAACAAAAAAAUGUUGCAUUUUAUUAAAUGGACUGUAACAAUAAGUAUUAUUACGGCUUUUCUUCCACUAUUUUUAACUCAGUUUGAAACUUCAAAUGCGAUAUAAUUUUGGCUUGGACCAUCUAAGCUGACUGACAUCAACUUGCUAUAAUUUCUGUUUACAUUACAUCGCAUUUCGAUGACACUCUGGCUCAGACACCAGAAUGUUUUGACGAUUUUUAGCAUUCGUUUAGGAUUUUCAAACAACCUGGUCUCUUUUAAAAUACUUCUAAUUUGUUCUUACGUGGUUUUCCAGAUGUAGUAACGACAACAUUAAAGUUUAAAGAAGAAAAUUCUAGCAUUUAAACCGACUAAACAAUAACAUAGUAAACUUGCAUAAUUAAACAGCAACUAAAAAUGAUAGGUUUUACUAAAUCUUUUCCUGUGCAAUUAUUACUAGCAUUGGA